AUGGGAUGGGCUGGUGGUAGCUACACCUCUCCUCUCUGUAACGGUGUAGGCGUGUGUUCCCGUAACGGCGAGUGCGUGUCACCUAACGUUUGCCAGUACUACGAUGGAUAUUCGGGUAGCAAUUGUGCCGUUGCCGACGUUUGUCCUGAAGUGAACAAUUGUCCUGGUAACGGAGUGUGCCUUUCCAAAACAAAAUGCAGAUGUUACUCUGGCUAUUCUGGUAAAAAUUGCAGUCAAGCGCAGUGCAAGCGAAGGAACGAUUGUUCCGGUCACGGCAAAUGCGUUGAAGUGGAUCUGUGUGAAUGUGAGUUUGGACACACCGACUCGAACUGCAGUUCCUACUCGUGCGAGACACAUAACUUCUGUUCAGUAACAUACGGAACUCCUGAGACACAGAUUAAAAGAAUUUAUUCUUCAAGUGACACGUUAACGCUCGCCAAAAGUCCAUAUGUUGCAACCAGUGACAUCACAGUCAGCCGAGGUAUCACUCUCACCAUAGAACCGGGAGUCACCAUCAACUUCCAAGCUCGAGUCAGACUUCAUGUCCGAGGAACUCUCUUUGCCAAAGGCUCACUGAACAAUCAAAUUUUGAUGUUUCACAACAUGACGGAAGGUGUCGAUUCCACUUCUAUUCGUCUAGUGGGAGGUCAGAGUCCCAAAGAGGGAAGGGUGGAAGUGUUCAACGGUCACAAUUGGGGAACCGUGUGUGAUGAUUAUUGGAAUGCAGAUAACGCUCGUGUUGUAUGCAGACAUCUCGGAUUUGGUGAACCCGUUGAAGCAUCCACACGUAGAUUCGGUCAGGGAACGGGAAUCAUCGCAUUGGCUAACGUGGACUGCAGAGGCGUGGAAAAUUCACUGUUUGAUUGCCAAAGAGCAAGCAGCUGGAACAACAACAAUUGUCAACAUUCAGAAGACGUUGGUGUUGUGUGUGGCACGGUUGGUGUUGGAUAUUGGGGAGGGAUCGUGUUUUAUGAUGACAACACGAUCGAAACCAUCACGUACAACGCACGAAAGUACCACAGUAAAAGUGUUUUAGAAAAUAUCAAAAUAGUCAACGCUGGAAAAACAAUAAAUAAUGCUUCAUCAACUCCUGAUUUGUGGGUACCAGCUAUCACCAUAACAACAGCAAGCCCCUCCAUCACUAACGUGUCUAUUGUAGACGUUAGUCACAUUGGUAUUCAGGUUAACUCUAUACAUGGAGAUGUCCACUUGUCUGGUCUUACUGUUGUAAACAGCAGCAAUAGCGGUAUAUCGGGAUCACAGGGGUGGCAAUUUAGAUGUGAUGAUUGUCAUUUCCAUAAUGUCGGUGCAACUGCAAUUGACAUCACUUCUAUUCCACUGAUACUCAAACCACCAUCCAAUGCUCUAUCCCACCGAGGAGACUCUAGUACAACUACGUCAUACUUUAUUGAUGAUCGUGGAGCAUAUCUCACAUUCAGCGUUUCCAGCGACAAGGACUACACAAGUUCAAUCAGCACAAUGUCGGGAUAUGGACUUGCUAUUACAUUUCUUCGGUUUUCUGGUUAUAGAGCAACACUUAGAGUAAUAAACGAAAUAACAAAACAGAGUGUGCUUGGGCGCAGCGUUAGUGGCAGAAUUCCAGAAAACGUCAUGGUACCUUAUCACAAAGCAAUUUUCUUUCUCGACCAACGAUACAGCUAUAGUUCAUCAGACAUUAAAGUUUUUGUAUCAAGAUAUCCUAUUGGUUCUCGUGGAGAAAAUGUAAACAAUUGUAACAUAACUGGACUCGUUCGAACGUCGAGUGGAAUACGACUGUUCGGAAGUGCUGGCGUCCGACGUAUCAUCGACUCUGUCAUUACCGGCGUAACAGGAACGGCAAUAGAAAUGAGUGGAUCUGCCAAUCAGGUGAUGAUUUCAUCAACAAACAUACAAUGUCAUACAAGCUCAUGGCAAACUGGCAUUCGAAUCAAUACUGAUCAACACAUGCUACAGAUCGCUGAUUUAUAUGUUACCAACUGUUACAUAGGACUAGAUACAAAUCUAUACGGCCAUGCUACCGCUUCUGUCGCUAACAGCACUUUCACCCAGAACUCAUACCGAGGAGCAAAUGUCUACAGUCGUUAUUAUUACUCCAGCUACUUGCCUCAGACUCUACAACAAACUUCUCAGCUUCAAGUUUCUAAUUGCACGUUCUCUGGAACUACAGACACUGCUCUUAAUGUUGAUAUUUAUGUCUCUGAUUCCAACUCACACUCGGUUCACAUCGAUAUCACAGACAAUACGUUCCAACAAAAUUUGCAAGCACUCUUGUUUACAUGCAGAUAUCGUGACGGCUAUGCCAUCAUCGCUAGAAACAACUUUAUGAACAAUAAUGGAAAAUGCUGCUCGGGAGUAAUGGGUAUUAAUGACAAUUAUUAUUACAGCAGCUCAAUACACGCGCCAGUUAUAGUUGAAAACAACGUCUUCACAUACAACAGUGGAGAAUAUGUAGUGAGGUUGAAUGCAAGAGCAUCAUUUCACUCUUCUCAUCAACAUGUUGACAGUUUGUUAAUAUUCAGAGAAAACGAACUGACAAAUAACUCUCUGUCAUCUCUCCCUACCGGAUACGCAAAGUCUACUCCAAAUGCAGUAAUUGUCCUUACUGGUAUAGGCUACAUGAGCGUCUACAAUAAUAUACUUGACAAUCAAAAUGCAAACACAGAGCUGGCGGUUCAAGUGGAAGGAUACUCAUCACUAGACACAAUCAACGUCACACUCAACUGGUGGGGAACGGCAAAUGAAGAAAAAAUUGUAGAAAAAAUAUUUGAUUUUGAUGAUCGUAAUCACUUGGCAGUCGCUCAAUAUUUUCCGUUUCUUCUGUCUCCGUCCAUCUCUCAUGUUGCAUCAUCAAGUCAUCCGAGAUCGUAUCCUCCAUUUCUGAAUUACAACAGAGAAGUUGGAGGCCAACUGGAUACUGAUUUUACAUUAACUGCUUCCGGUGGACCUUACACUGUAACACGUGAUGUGACUGUGCUAGCAAAAGCAACACUGACUGUAGAAGCGGGUGCCGUGCUGACUAUCUUGCCAUAUGUUGGAAUAUUGAUAGAAGGAAGGAUCUUGAGUAAAGGAACGCCUGACAAUCCCGUUAUAUUUACUCACAUAGUAAAAGAUGCCAAAAACAAAUCAAAUUCUGAUACACAAUUACUAGUCCGUUUCUCUGAACCUGUUAGUGACUCUUGGUACGUAAUCGGCAUUAUUGAGCUGCAACUCAACGGAUUGUGGUACCCACUUUGUUACAAUUCACGAUCGAUUGACUAUUCGUCAUUCGACCGCUUUGCGUUAUUGACAUGCCAACAACUUACUUAUUGGAACAAACAUAAUAAUUGGCAUUGGUGGUGGCAGGCUGAGUGGUUUCCUGCCCUCGGAGAUCCUAUUGUUCGUGAUUUCUGGUGUCCCGAAAGCGCAACGUCGUUUAAUAAUUGCACGUUCAACACAUCUAGCUACGCUCCUCAUUCGAAAUGUUUACAGGUUGUACAAGUUCAAUGCUACUGCUAUCACUCUUCGUGUUAUCAACAAUCGUCUCAAUUUACUCAAACCAAUUGGGCAGGUAUCCGCUUUGCGCCAACCAGCACCGUCUCCAACUAUCCUUUCAAUCAGAAAACGCCACGAUCCGUUCUAAACCACACGGAAAUUAUAAGAGCAGGUAAUAGAUAUCACACGAUAGUACCUUCUGUCCAAUCCAUAUUCCGUCCUCCACAAACCAAUGGAUUAACUAUCAAAGGCUCGACAUCGACGGCUAUGGAAGUGUCGCACUUACACGAAGAAGCUGUUAUCAGCGGGGUGACCAUUGUAGGGGCGGCUGGAGAUGGUUUGGUUAUCCGUAGACCACGUGGUAGUAGUCUGAUGGUAGAGUAUGUCACAGUCAAUGAUGUAGCAGGUGCAGGAAUACACGUCUACGACUUUUCGUCUCUAUUGUCUGCCAACGUGGACUAUGAAUCCAUUUGCUCUGGACAAACUAUUAUAUCUGUAGACCCAGAAGAAGGAUCUUACGUUGGAAUGUCUCAAGACGAUCAUUUACCAGGAAUUACUUGCUCCGUUGUUAUGCAAGGUCCACCUAACACUAUACUCUCUGUUCGUCUUGUCAGUCUGAGACUUUACAGCGAUGAUAGACUUUACAUACGAGAUGGAGCUCAAUCCGCGAGCUCUCUUCUCGUUUCAUAUUCUGGAUACAGAACGAGUUCUAGUAACGCGCCAGUCUUGUCUUCCAGCAACAAUAUUUACAUACAAGUGACAACAGGUCAGAAGACGGGCGCUCCUGGAUUUGCUUUGUUUGUUGACGUCAUUCCUACUACUGGACAACAACCUGUUGUUAUCAUCAAGUCAAGUUCUAUUCAUAAUUCUCAGUAUGGUGUGUACUUUCAGAAUGCGUACGAUGAUGCUCGAAUACAGAACGUCACAAUCAUAAACGUUCUCAAUGACGGUGUGUAUGUUUACAGUCAUGAAGGUGAUGUGAUGGUUGAUAACUGUACUAUAGCUCAUACAAGAGGAAAUGGAGUGGAGUACAGGUAUGGAGACGGACAACAGAUUGUUACUAACAAUCGAAUUGUCAACGUUUCCACAGGAAUAUAUUUGUACUACACCCCUAACAAUUUCGGCUGUCACACGACGUUGUCUAAAAAUUUUGUAUCACAGGCCAGAAAAAAUGCAGUUUUAUAUAGGACAUACAGGAAUAGAAGACGUCAGUGCAAUAUCGAUAUUUCAAACAAUUUCUUUGAGUCUAAUGAAGAAGGAGUUUAUCUACAAAAUGACUACAACUCUAACGCGCCACUGCAACUGGAUUUCACCGUUUCCAAUAAUUUGUUCUCAAAUAACAGCGGCACAGACUUAUUCCUUUCAAGAAAUGGAGAUUGGAAUGGAAUAUUCAAUAUUUACUCCAACACGUUUGAACAACAUCGAGUUGGAAGUGGAGGAUGUCUGACGUUGCAAGGUUAUACGACUUCGUUGGUAUCAACUAGCAAUCUCUUCACACACAAUAGAGGAACUUAUGUUGUACGAAUAGAACCACAAACCCUCACCCCAUCUGACUUUGUAUUUACCAACAACACAAUGAUCGACAACUACGUAACCGAAAGUGACACUUACCAUCGAGAUGGUCGCUCUGCCGUCCUGAUUGUGUCCAAUUCAGAUCGUUUUCUAAUCAAAAAUAAUCAUUUUCAUAAUCCGAGAUCUCUGUUUGAGUUAGGAGUCGAGAUACCAGUUCAAAGCUCUCAAGAGCGAGUCAUCGAUGUGACAAACAAUUACUGGGGAACGACAGACGAGAACAUCAUUAUUGACCGCAUUCAUGACUUUGGUUACUGUUCUCGCUUAGCUUCUGCACAAUAUUUUCCUUUUCUCACUUCUAAAAACCGUCCUACAGCUUCCCCUUCCGUUUCUGCAACACUGGUUAUCACUCGUCCUAAUAGCAUCGUACGAGGGCGUGUGUCGAGCAACACAAUAUUAGCAGCUUCUGGUAGCCCGUACGUUGUUACUGGAGACAUCACCGUCUUACCUGGCAAUACACUAACCAUAGACUCAGGAGUCGAACUGAAAUUCACUCACAAUACUGGAAUUCUAGUGGAAGGACAGCUCAUUGCUCAUGGCAACGACAAUUCUCCAAUAUUACUGAGAGAUGAUAGCUUUGCAAUUGGUGACCUGCAGCUAGAAGAGGGCAGUUUAAGACUCGUUGACGGUUCAUCUCAAUGGAGAGGAAGAGUGGAAAUAUUUCACAAUGGCAACUGGGGUCCAGUCUGCGCUGUGCGUAAUUACAGUGAUUGGUGGCAACGGUGGGGAAGACAUGAUCAUUAUAACACUCGAGUGAUAUGCCGACAAUUAGGAUACUCUAACGCUAAUCGGCAAUGGCCGUACGUUGAUCCAACCCUAGAAAUUUCGACUACCGCAGCGUGGCUAGAACAUGUAUUGUGUAGAGGAGACGAAGAGACUUUAAGACAAUGUAUCAAUUAUGAAUUAAAGAAAACUACCUGCCGCUACGGACAAUUAGUGGCGUCAUGUUACAGCCAAAAUGUCGACGGUCAUUAUAAAACGCACAAAUCCGUUUAUCAUUGGACUGGAGUUCGAUUCUCUGCUCAAGCGUCCGGCAAAUCUUCAAUGAGAAAUGUGAUUAUUAGUAAUGCAGGAAUAGCAAACGCAGGUCAUAUAGCUGCCGUUCAAAAUGUUGGAGCAAACGUUGAGUUAUUCAACGUCGUCGUCAAUAAGAGCGCGUGGACUGGAAUAGAAGUUAGUCAUUCCCCCUAUAUCAACAUAUCUCAACUGACGGUGGAAGGGAGCGAUGGUAAUGGAGUCGAACUGAUCAAUACGGCUGCUAGUUCUAUUACACACUUGACAAGCAACAACAAUGUCGGUCAUGGUCUGGUGAUAAGAGUCGAUAGUGUUUUACAAAGGAUGUGGGAUAUUCCUGUCUUACAUAAACAAAUAGUUGAUAUCUGCUCAGUGUCCAAACUCUCGGCUGCUUCCUCGUUUUUCCUCAGAUUCAUAGCCACGCCUAUUUCGAGAGGUUACUCCACCCAAUCUUGCUCUGCAACAAUUGACGCCACUUCUCAACACGUUAUCUCUGUUCACAUCAUGGCUAUACGGUUUCAAGACCGGUACUCAUACGUUACCAUCGACCAACAAAACGUUUUUCGGCAGAAUCGAUUAGAACCCAACUAUCCUCUCCACUACACUUCACAAUCUCAAACCAUUACAGUUGACGUAAGAGCAAAAUUUACCGACGAAAGAUAUACGUUAGAAGACAACUACUUUCUUGCUUACAUACAGCAGCAUCCCACAGGUUAG